AAAUGGAGCAGCUUCAGAUUGGCCCUGCGGCCAUGCUGGAGGACGAGAUCAGCUGGCUUGAUAAUUUCGAACCCACUUGGACCAACGAGCUGGAGACCAGCGAGGCCGACAACAUCCUGCUGGCUGGACACCUGCGCCUCAUUAAAACCCUGCUGUCCCUCUGCGGCAGUGAGAAAGAGCAGUUCGGUCCUUCUCUGAUCCAGCAACUGUUGGACGACUUCUUGUUCAGAGCGUCACGAAUCAUCCUGAACAGUGACAGCUCAUCUAGCACUACAGCAUCUAUCCACGACUUUCACCCAAA